GGCGACCAAUCCGCCGGCUCCCCGCCCCAGCCCCGCCCCCCGCUCCGGGAAGACGAGCCGCCGCUCCCGCCAUGGACGACUAUCAGCCCCACGGCGAUGAGAUUGGCUUCAAUGCCGAUGAAGCGCAUAAUAUAGUGAAAGAGUGCGUAGAUGCUAUCUUGGGUGGCGUAGAUUAUAAUCAAAAUAAUGUCAACCAGUGGACUGCAACAAUAGUGGAACAAUCAUUAAAACAUUUGGUAAAGUUAGGGAAAACUUAUAAAUACAUUGUCACCUGUGCAGUGAUGCAGAAGAGUGGAUCUGGUCUUCACACAGCCAGCUCCUGUUUUUGGGAUACUACUUCCGAUGGAACUUGUACCAUAAGAUGGGAGAAUCGGACCAUGAAUUGCAUUGUCAAUGUUUUUGCCAUCGCUAUUGUCCUGUAACUAGCUGAAAACUCCGGUUGCAUCAAAACCUUGAAUGUUAGAAAUGAUCAUGUAGUCUUGAAAAAAUAUUGCUGGUGUUAUUUAAUUCUCUUGCUAAUGCACUUAUGGAGAAGGCGUGCAAUUUUCUUCAAAGCAUUCAACAGAAUAGGGAACGUGCAAGUAUAUUAUAGCGGAGCUCAGUAAGUUGGCAACUAAAUCUCAUACAUUACACAGCAGUCUUUAAUCAACAUUUGGAAGAGUCACAUGUAAAAUUACAAUGCGGGACCUGAUUUUUGCAUCAGCCUUUAUUUACUAUAUGGUUUCAAGGAGAUCGAAGAAGAUGUUUCAGAUUGUAAAAUUCCUACUCAGCACGAGAAGGUGCGAGGAAUGCCUACAAGCCCAGGAACACCAAAUUUUCCUAAGACUGUAGAAACUAACUAAUGCAAUCUAUACAGUGCCUCUUUUUUUCACCUGAUUAUAUAUAUAGAUAUAUAUAAAUACUGAAAGAUCAUUUUAUUACUUUGAAAUUUGGAUAUUGCUUUAAAAAACUAUUUAUAGAAGAGAUUCACUUAGUCUAUGUUUUUGCUAUCGAGGAUUAUUAAAAUGACAAUGAAUUUUGGGUUUAUAUUUUCUGAGUAUCAUUUAGAACGCUGCUUUAGUUUUAAAAUCCCCAAAUUCGCAGCCGAGCAGUUUGUCAGAAUCAACUCUUCGACUGAACAAAAUGCAUUUUAGUAAGCAUAUAGACUGACUCAGUGGCUAGACUUCUGUAUCUUUCAAGUCAUCCACUUUCUGAUCAUACUUCUGGUGCUAUGAUAUGAACAUCCGUUUAUUUUCUGUUCUUUGAAUUCAUAUGUAUUUGGCCCAGUUUAAGGUUUGGGUACAAAAGUGCCCAUUUUUUUUGUAAUUCAACCGCUUCUGUGGGGGAAAAGUCAAAUCUCAGCAGCUGCACUGAAUAAUCUCUGUUCGGAGAGGGCUCUACUUAGCCAAUGAUCAUAAGAAGUAUUUAAUGUAAAACUAGGAAGGGAAGCAAAGUACAUAUGGAUUUAUAUAAGAAAACUGAGGUGCCUAUCUUAAUCAUAAAAGGCCUUAUACUUAGUGUAAUUGUACUACAUACUAAUGUUUGAUGGUCUCCAUUGUAAGAAUUGCUAUUAUUUGUAGAUACUUUUCAUUUGGACUCAAAGAGUAUGGAAUAAGCUAAAAACAUAAAUUAUACUUUUGUUAAUCAGUCGUUCAAUCAGUGGUAUAUACCGAGCGCUUGCUUUGUGCAGAGCACUAUGCUAAGAGCUUGGAAGAGUACAGUACCAUACAGAAGGUAGACACAAUCCCUGCCCUCAAGGAGUUUACAAUUAGCAAAUUAUAAAAUAACUCAGGACCUUUGAAAUGUUGAAAAAUAUGUUAGCGUUAAAAAUUAAAAUAAAUUCUUUGCUGGGCUUCUUAAGCAUAGAGAUGAAAUUAGAAAAUGGUCCAUGCAAAAAGUCAUUAUCUGAAAGUCUGAAUGUAUGUAGCGGAACGCCAGUAUGUGACAUUGGUUUGAGGAAUAUUGAGCAUUAGUAUUAUGAACAUGAACAGUGGGGUAUCUUUUGAUUAAGCCAUAUCUGUAUAGCACUUUAGUUGGUUUUUUUAAUCAAUAUGCUAAAUUAAGAGUUUAAGAAAAAAUGUCAUAAAAGAUAAAAUUUAAAAGUCGAGGAUUGCCAAAAACUUUUUAUGGUGUCUACUUAGUAACAACCAUUAGUUAUCAGUUAAUCUGAAUUCUGUUUCUGGUUUGGUUUUUGUAAUAAACCUAAACUCCCCUCUCCCCCCCCCCCCCCCAAAUAUCUGUGUAACUCAAUUCACUGGAAUGCUCCGACAGAGGACCGGUUAACUAAAAUUAAAAAUAAAAAAAUACUGAAAUCAUGUGUCUUAGAAAUUCUACUCCUAGCAGAAAUAAAGAUUGUUUGCUUUAACUGCA